AUGGCAACUCAAUGGGUUCUGGGAAAGGUCAGUGAGGCACUAGCGCCCACUGUCUCGAGCACGGUGGCAAGUGCUGGUGCAUUUGCUGGUGGAGCAGUCAAUGCUGUAGGCAACAGUAUCAACGGGGUGGGGGAGUCAAUCAAUUCCACAAUUCGAAGAUAUGGAGAUGGGGUUAAGGAUUAUGGCAAUGGCAUCAUGGAUUGGACGCAGGCAGGAGGAGUUCGGGCAGCAACGGCAAGCAAUCCUCUGGGUUUGAGUGCAGGGAAGACGGGGGGGAGGUUACAGGUUACCAGUCCUCAGAUCUACCGGCCGCCUGCGUCGACACCUAAGACAUCCCCAUCGAAGAGGUUGCUGACCACGAGCAAGACGGCAGCACCUCAAAAACAGAUCGAGGGAGGCACUCCAAAGAAGGCAUUGCCAGCUCCAGGUCCGAAAUCGACAGGGGCGUCCCACAAAGCCACUCCCGCUAAGAAGGUUGGUACCGCUCCCCUCAAGCCUGUACAGUCGGCGGCGAGGACAAGCACCCAUCCCAAUCCCGGAGCCAUGAGGCAGCAAAAGCAAGGCAAUGGUGCGAACAAAGCUGGGGGUGCAAACAAAUUUCCUACCACACCAAACCCAGGCGCGAUGCGGCGCAAGCCAGCAGACGACGGUGACACGAAGCAGACCGCUGCGGGUAAGAAAGCUUCGAAUAAGCCCAACACGUCUUCAGCUUCGAAGCCGCCGACGACAUCAACAACAUCAAAUCGACCAAAGGUGCAAGGCAAUCCCACAGCUGCCGCCAAUCCCCUCGGCCUCACCUUUUGA